UUAGCGUGGUAGGAAAGAAACAGUAACGACCCCGCUUCUGCGACCGGACCUAUUCGGAACUACGACUUUCUGUCUAAUUGCUUGACAGGAUUGAGAUGUUACAUUUUAGGUUCUCGACAGUGCUGAAGGAGUUGUUUGAAGCCACCCUCAAGCGUCCCUUGUCCGGCUCUAGACAGAAGACCUGGUUACCGACCCGCUACUGCUGCUUCGGCACCGCCUCCGUUGAUGCGCGAGCUGUGUCUACUCAACUGAAGGUCCUCCAUGCCGCUUCACGCCGCCCGGCGCUCCGCACCGCGCCUGUUGCCGCCCCGUUCCGCUCUUACUGCGCAAAAACUGAAGGUGCCGUGGAGCUGGACGAACAGCUGAAGAAAGGUGGAGCCAGCAGUGAAGCAGCCAGCGACAAGAGAAGAAAUGCAGGCAUUCUGCCCAGUUUGGAGGACUUGCUCUUCUACACAGUUGCAGAAGGUCAAGAGACGAUUCCUGCUCAUAAAUUCCUCACAGCGCUUAAAGCCACAGGACUUCGCUCAGGAGAUCCCAGACUGAAAGAGUGCAUGGACACCCUGAAAGAAACUCUAAUGAACACAACAGAUGGCGUUACACUGGACAGGCACCUUUUCAAGAAGUGUGUCCAGAGCAACAUUGUCCUGCUCACUCAGGCCUUCCGCAAGAAGUUCGUCAUCCCUGACUUCCAGUCCUUCACCUCCCAUAUUGAUGAGCUGUAUGAGAGUGCCAAAACUCUCUCUGGAGGACAGGUUGCAGACUACAUUCCUCAGCUUGCCAAAUUCAGCCCCGACCUGUGGGCUGUCUCUCUGUGCACAGUUGACGGACAGAGGCACACAGUCGGAGACACUAAGGUGCCCUUCUGUCUGCAGUCAUGUGUGAAGCCUCUGAAGUAUGCCGUUGCUGUCAACGACUACAGCACAGAGUAUGUGCACAGUUUCAUUGGGAAGGAGCCCAGUGGCCUGCGCUUUAAUAAGCUCUUCCUGAAUGAAGAUGAUAAGCCUCACAACCCCAUGGUGAAUGCUGGCGCUAUUGUUUGUACUUCACUGAUAAAGCAAGGUGCAAGCAACGCAGAAAAAUUUGACUAUGUCAUGAAUUUUCUGAAAAAAAUGUCGGGAAACGAGUAUGUGGGUUUCAGCAACGCCACAUUCCAGUCAGAGCGUGAGUCAGGCGACAGGAACUUUGCCAUCGGCUACUAUCUGAAAGAAAAGAAGUGUUUCCCAGAGGGGACGGACAUGACAUCAGUCCUGGACUUCUACUUUCAACUGUGCUCCAUCGAGGUGACCUCCGAAAGUGCUAGUGUCAUGGCAGCCACACUGGCUAACGGUGGCAUCUGCCCAAUCACGGGUGAGCGUAUCCUGAGUCCUGAGGCGGUGAGGAACACACUGAGUCUGAUGCACUCCUGCGGCAUGUACGACUUCUCAGGACAGUUUGCUUUCCAUGUCGGUCUGCCGGCCAAGUCUGGAGUAGCAGGGGGGAUCCUGCUGGUUGUACCCAACGUGAUGGGUGUAAUGUGCUGGUCGCCUCCACUAGACAAGCUGGGAAACUCCGUCAGAGGAAUACAGUUCUGCACGGACCUCGUGGAGCUUUUCAACUUCCACAACUACGAUAACCUGCGCCACUUUGCCAAGAAGCACGACCCUCGCAGAGAAGGAGGGGACCAGCGGCUGCACUCCUUCGGACCCAUGGAUUACGAGAGUCUCCAACAAGAGCUAGCUCUGAAAGCCCCUCUUUGGAAAAAGGUGUCCCCCACUGAGUCGCACCAGGACAGCUCCACCACUGUAGUGUAUAGGAUGGACAAUGUCGCCGAGUGAAAUUAAACCAAAUAAAGAAAACAAAAAUAAAAGGAGACCCCCCCCCCCCCCACCUGAUCUCUCCCCACCUCUCGCAAGAGCUCCACCAUCUUUCCUCACCCUUGAAUAUUUAUAUAUUAGUUAUGUAGAGGAUUAUUUAUUGCUUGUGGAGGAACUUUGUUUUUAUUUGUGAUGGAGGGUUACUGCUUGUUAAUUUUUGCUCUGAACUCCAAAUGAGCUCAUAGCCUCCGCCUGCUUCUUGCCUUAUGUGUGUGUGUGUGUGUGUGUGUGUGUGUGUGUGUGUAGGAUGUGAUGUACAGUGUGCAGGUGUCAUCUCACCCCCUUGAACUGCGAUGGUUGUCUUGACAGAGUCCUCUCCAGAAAUGUGAGCUAAGGGUUGGUUUGAAUUUAAUUCAACCAAAAAAAAAAAAAAGAUGUAUGAGUGUGAUGUGUGGAGCUUUUAGACCAACUAAAUAUACAUUCAGCCUUCCUCUAGAUGAUUUCUUCCUGUAGAUCGCACUGAGGCCAAAGACUCAGCACAUUAAUACAGAUGCUGGAUGUACUGUAGCAGAUGAUGGGAAUGGAAGUACAGAGGAAAGCGUUCCUGGAUAACUCUUGGAAAGUUUUGGGUCAAAGGAGAAUAUUGUUAACAUAUCAGUUAGCUGUGAAUGCUUGAGCCGUAGUGCUAACGGCUAACAUGGCGUCGUCAAAGGGAUUUUAUAGAUUGCAGGUUUUCCACUCUUGAACAAUGGACCUUGAAAGGAAAAGUCCACCUUCUUUCUGCAGGUGUAAAGUUAUAUUUAAAGAUGUGUGAAGUGGAAUAAAUGCAGACAUUUGUGGAUUGAAGUUAGUCAGAAGCUCUUGUUGGAGUCACUUGAUACGUGAAAAAAAAAGUUGCAGGAGAUUUUUAGGACUCACUGACUUCCUCCAUAUCUUUAAAAAAAGAGCACAAAAUAGACAUUAACUUCAACAAUUUGUUAGAACAUUGGGACCUAAAAGCAGAGUCAAGGUUGAUAAAAACACUACUGACGUAUUGAAAUGAGAAACUGUAGUAAAAAAGGGCUUUGACUUGACUUUAACCUAUCAGUAUCUGUGCCUGGAUCACAGCUGGGGCUGAUUUUUCUGAUAGUAUGAUGAUAAUCUAGGUUUUGUAAAAAAAGGUUUGCUCAAGCAAAAAAGCUCAGGAGAGGUGUGCUGACUAAAUCCAGGCUCCUCGCUCUCGCUGGACUGGCUGCAUCAAGCUGAGCUGCUGUUGAGUUUAGUUGGAGAAAGAAAGGCGUGUGUGUGGCUGGCUGCUCCAUGUUUAUUAAGGUUAGUGAGUAAACUCAGUGCGACGUCAGCAGAGGGGUGGUGUGUGUUCAUUGCUGCGACCUCUAGUUAAAGCCCCUCAUAGUCCGUGUGGACCUGAUCAGUCCUCACACAACCUUUAACUUCUCUGCCGUGAGCAGGUGACUGCAGGGUUUAACUGGGCCGCAAUCCAAAACCAUCACCGUGUGUUUACGCUGUGCACACAAAUACACUCUUGUUCAAACAAGAUGCCUUAGUCUACAAAUGAAGCUGCUCUCUGCAGAAGCAGAGCAUUGUAAAUUUAAACCAGUCACCGUAUCGAUUAUUGCUUUAAACCCGUUACUUGAAAUACCACACAGAGCAGCAAGUAGAGCUGGGUGUUGAACCUGAAAACUUUUGUCGUACUGCCUGAAAUUUGUCCGUUUCAAAAAAAGUUUCAUACCAAAAGUUGGCUGGAAAGCUCCCAAAACACAAAAAAGGUCUGUGUGGAUUCUGCCUCAUGAAGACCUGCGUUCUCUUCUUGUCAGCCAAAUAAGGGAGGGAGCUUUAAUCAAGAAUGCAGCUACUUCUGAACCCUUCUCCAGAACAGCAGAUAUCCGUGACUGUACAUAAACAACAGUUCAACUUAAAGUUUGGACAAAAGCGUCCUGAGCUAAACAGCGUUAAACUGUUGUAACGUCAUUUGAGUUAUUAUAGGACUGAAGACUGAGAAAAGACGUUUUCAGGGUCUUUAAUUGCAAAUUCUGCCCAUUUUUUUAAGACAGAUUAUAUUCCGGUAAAGUUGUUUUCAGACAACAUUUAAACAUUUGGGAAAUGAAAACUUCUCAAAUAUAUAUUUCUCAAAGUACAGAAGCUAAUGUAACGCAUCGGCACUAGUAUGGAAACACCCAGCUCCAGUAGCAGACACACACACACAAACACACACAUACACAACACAUAUUCAGUAUUGUUUGUAAAACUCUCAAAGUGUUACUCUUCUAGGAAGAUUGUAUAUUAUCAAAACCUCACCUCAUACAUAAUUUACUGUACUUCUGAAUGUACAUAGCGGCGGGUGUAUAUAGCUUUUACGUGUGCGUCUGUACACGAGUGAUAAUCCUCAGCAGCAGAGCAGGAUGUGUGUUGAAAAUACACUUCAGACGUUCCGAAUCUAUAAUGUUGUCUCCUCCAGGAAAUAGACGUACUUGCACAUGACUGUCAUGUCAGCAGAUGCCUUAGAUGUCACUCUACUGUGACUGUAGUGGUUGUGGGGGGUUAAUCUGUUUGUUAUUCGAUCGUUGGUAAAACUGUAUAAGCGGUGUGUGGUGUUUGGUGCUGGGUUUGACCUGAGCUCAAAGUGAUGCUGCUGGAGCCAAUAAUACCCUGUUAUUAAUUGUCCUGUCGUGUGAAGUUUUUUCUUUUGUUACUUUUUAUGUCAUGGACUGUCAUGGUUAGGGUUUUUUUUUUCUGUUUUCAAGUUUCUGCCUGUUAUCAUGUGAAGGUACAAAGCAUUCAAAAGCCCCUGUGGUCACUGAUGCUCCUUGGAAAAUGGUCUGUAGAAAAACCAGUUUCCUCGGUGCUCCUGCAUUGUUUUCUACUGUAUGCAAGAAGCUGAGUUCGGUCUGUCGGCUACUUUGAUGAUUUCAUCCACGGGUCUUGUUUCUUUCUGCGAAAAGUUUUUGCAGAACUGAAAUGAGUCUUAGCUGACUUAAAGUCUUUAUAAUAUCAAACCCAUUUUUUCAUGGCUGGCAUUUAUUCUAUUAUAGCCGUUAAACAUAUUUAAAGUCAUUAUUAGCCUGCCUGUAUAGCAGUUGUCAUUGUCAGUGGUGGAGUCCGCCACUAAUGCAUGCAUGAAGCAUGCAUGUACAGAGAGAAAUUAAAAGAAAAUGAGCUGAAACAUGAGUUUUAUUAUAUGAAAUUUGUGGACACAUUGUGCAGAUGUCACCAAUGACUGCAAUAGUAUGACAAUUUAUAAAUAGUAUAAAGUUAUAAUGAAGACAAACUUUCAUCCUUCCUGCAAGUCACUAAAAAUGAAACUCUGAAGACAUUCUUAGCAUUAGCACCAGUCAUCACAGGUAGUUUAAAUGUACAGCUUCCAGAAGCAGUCAUGUAAUCUUUAUCACUUUUCCAUUGAGCAAGUCAUGGAGGAAACGGUGGUUCAGAUGUAAUCGGUUUCAGAGAGUAGCUCUCAGCUCAGUAUCUCAUCAGAGGAUUCGUCUCAACCUCAGUUUUCUUUUUGUCCCGACGUGUUUUUGACUUUUGGCCAAAGAGUCAUGUUGGUUGCCUUUCUGCCUCGUGACUGAAGGGAAUCAGUCUAAUUUCUAACAAUGUGCACAGUUUUUAUUUCUUUGCUGCUUCAGGUUCAUUUUCUCCCUCAUUGACACAAAAUGAAAAAUACAGUGCCUGCAUGUCUAUAAGACAGGACCAGACCAGCACGAAUGAGACACUGAUUUAAUCUCAUUGCAGCCAAUCAGACUUGAUUACCUGAUCUGUCCCACUUUGCUUUGGACAAACAUGCUGAAUGUUUCUCUGUAUUUCUUGAAUCAGCGACGCUUCUCUCACUCCUCAAAGUGUGAUUAUUGCUCUGUACAAUCAAACAAAUGACAGAGGGGCUUUUGAAUGAUUUUACCAGUAUUUCCAUGGAAAUCAUCAGAUUUUUUAUGGUUCAUGUCAUGUAUGUAAUGUUUCCUCAUUUUGUUUUGUUUUUCUCAUUCUCCCUCUUGCAUGCAUAUUUUUGUAUGAUUUAAUAAAUGUGUGUUUUAAUCCCAUGUAAUCAGUAUGUUUUAAGUUCAUUUGAUUACCUUCCACAUGUCUUUAUACAUGUUGAUUUGUGUCUCAGACAUAUAAAUUGCAUAUACAUUGAAAAACUAUCACUACCAUUGACAUUUGGUGACCUUGGAACUGUAAGGUUCUCUGAUGUUUUGGUCAGAUAUUAGAUAUUUAUAUUUUUAUACACAGUUUUACCAGCAGAGUCAAUGUUGAUAAAGAUUCUGAAAAUCCAAAUUUAAAUCUUUAAAGUUUAAAGAAAGUUGUCACAUGGGAUGUAAAAUCUGAAAAGCUAAACACCAAAAAAAAGACAUACAUUAAUGAAGCCGUACAGUUCCAAGCUCAAACUUUUAUAUGUUUUGAUUUCUUUUCUCUGUCCACAUGCUUGUAACUCUGUAUGUAAAGUCUCCAUAAAUGUCAUGAACUGUCCUGACAGCACUAAGACUUGACUUGUCUACGAUUCUGAGGAAAAUACUUCAGUUUGUUUGGCUGUGAUGAGCUGACAGACAUGACAGUGAAAGUUGUGGGUUUUUUUAGCCUUGGUGUCCCUUUUAUGAAUUCUAAUAAAACAGUGUUUUAUGUAUCACCUAA